AUGGCCAGUAAACAAUUGCGUAUUCUAGUUCCCGUUAAGAGGGUCAUUGACUACCAAAUCAGACCAAGAGUGAACAAACUUGGUACUGCGAUAGAGACUACUGGUGUCAAGUUCAGUAUCAACCCAUUCGACGACAUUGCUGUUGAAGAAGCCGUCAGAAUUAGAGAGAAGAACAAAUCGCUGGUCGAAAGUAUCCAUGCGGUUUCUAUUGGUCCCUCUAAAGCCCAGGAUAUUCUAAGGAACUGUCUGGCUAAAGGUGCUGAUACUUCCACUCUGAUAGACUCUAAGGAUGCCAGAAUCGAACCUUUGGCCGUGGCAAAAGUUUUGAAAGAGGUUGUGGAAAAGCAAAACGCCAAUUUAGUCAUUAUGGGAAAGCAGGCUAUUGACGACGAUUGUAACAACACUGGACAAAUGCUUGCAGGUAUGCUAAAAUGGCCCCAGGCUACCAAUGCAGCCAAAGUGGAAUUUUUAGAGUCAGGAAGAGUCGAAGUGACCCGUGAAGUGGACGGAGGUGAAGAAGUGAUUAGCGCUUCCCUACCGCUGGUGAUCACCACGGAUUUACGUCUCAACAUUCCACGUUACGUCGGUUUACAGAACCUGAUGAAGGCUAAGAAGAAGCCUAUGGAGAAAUUGGCACUAAAGGAUUUCAGUGACGUUGAUUUUGAGCCCCGUUUGAAGGUAAACUCCAUCGAGGAGCCACAACCAAGAGCUCCUGGUGUCAAGGUCAACUCGGUCGACGAGCUCAUCGAAAAAUUGAAGGAUGCCAAAGUAAUCUAA